AUGGUCGCAUUGGCCCAGCUGCGGCUAGGCCAGACAUGGUUGGUCAACACUGGCGCUGAAUCGCACCGGCAUCUGCCGCACAAAACUCAAAUUCGUAAACGGAGUUUGCGCCUGGAUACCUCCUCGGGGACACCCGUCUACAGCGUGCUGGCUGCGGUCAGCCUGGCCCUAGUGUCGAUUGCAACAUCUGCGGGCAUCAGCCUCGUACGCAAGCGCAAGCGCAGACAGCGAAUGAGGCGGCGGUUCUUUGUUUACUCGCUGCACGCAGAAGCCAAAAACAACGCGAGCUUCAAACGAUGCCUGGGCCCCAACCCGCCAGAAUAUCGACGAACGCGGCUUGAGCCACCCCAACUCAGAUUGGAUCGCAGCUGCUGA